UGUUUCGUUUUCUUUUUUCUUUUUUCUUUAUUCUAAUGACAACAUUAUACGAUGCACCUGUUCAACACAAGUACGAAAGUGAUUCUGGUUCAGAUUAUGAUGAAAACGAUGAGAGUUUAGAAAUGGCUGAAUAUGAUUUAGAUGUGGUCGAUGAUGCCCUUUUGAAUCCCAACAGUAAUGAAUACAUGGACCACUUUGGUUUUCGGAUCCAUGUCAGAACAGAUGACGAAGCUUCCAGUGACGAUGAAUCUGAUUUUGACCAAGUCAAGAAAAAACUACCCAGCACAACCAGCGACGAUGACUCAAUAGAAACACAUAUUACCACACCUAAUCUUUCAGACGAGAAAUACCAGGCACAUCGUCCACUGAACACCAGUGUUCCUAUCCUCAAGAACCCACCUCCUCGACAACGUUCAGCCACACAGACAUCCGAAGACAUUCGUACUUCCAAAGAAACCCAUCGAAGUAGUACAAGCCAGAACAGUCGAUACAGUAUCUUGUCUUCCUUCAACAAUCCUUUCAAGGUACCUCCACGGCCUGCUUCGAUCGUCUCUGUUCAGUCUGUCGUUAAGCCUUCAGAGACAUACCAACAAAGACAGAGUAAACGAUAUUCUGAAAGUUUGCCUUCAUUAAUAGGCAUACCACGCUCACCAGCCUCAAAUCAUCGUCAUUUUGAUAAACUGGUGUCCAAGUUUAGACGAUUCUCGCAUCAUGAUCACCAAUACGACUCUGAAAAGCACUUGAUGCUAAAAGAAGAAGCCAUGGAAGAACUCAAGAUUUAUAAAGAAAAAGGUGGCAUUCAGAACAACAGCAUUGAUUGGGACUUUUGGUCCAUGGUGAUUGAUGAUUUUGGUAAACUGAUUGAGACCCAAAUGGAUGAUAUGCGUCAACAUCUCGCCAAGGGAGGUAUGCCUUCGCCUAUCCGUGGUCUAUUAUGGCAAAUCAUUGCUAAAUCUCGAGACAGUUUUGAUAUGGAAUCAGAAUACAAAGAGAUCCUGAAACGAUCCACCAGUCCAUUUGAGAAACAGAUCCAAAGAGAUCUGACAAGAACGUUUCCUAAUCACCCUUAUUUUAUGCAGGAAUCAGGCAGACAAGCUUUGUUUAAUGUAGCGAAAGCCUAUAGUAUUUUCGAUCAAGAAGUAGGCUAUUGCCAAGGACUUGCUUUUAUCAUUGGGUGUCUAUUACUUCAUAUGUCUGAAGAAAACGCUUUUUGUGUGUUGAUCAAGUUGAUGGGCAAAUACGGCUUACGUGGUCACUUUACGCCACGCAUGGAAGUCCUUCAUCAGCAGCUGUACCAAUUUGACCAUGUAUGUCAACAAAAACUACCUGUGAUCCAUCGACAUAUGGAGAACGAAGGUGUCACGCCGUCCAUGUAUGCCUCCCAAUGGUUCAUUACGCUAUUUGCUUACCGUUGUCCUAUCGAGAUGGUGUUUCGAGUGAUCGACUUGUUGUUGGUGGAAGGCACCCAAGUCUUGAUUCAGAUCGGACUGGCCUUGCUUGUCCGUAACCAAGAAAAGAUCCUCAAGCUUCAUUUCGAGACACUGAUCGAUUUCUUGUGCAAUGGUGUCUUUUCUGUCUUUGGCGAUGACGGUGAUCGGUUUGUACAAGAUACGUAUCGUGUUGAUCUACCUGUUCGGUUCAUGGCGCGUUUAGCACAACAGUUCACAGGUGAAGAAGCGCGUGAGUCCAAAUCGGUCUCACAAGAAGAUAACUUGCGCCGUAUGAAUGGACAGUUGUCUGAACACCUUCGGUCGGUUGAAGCUCAAUUACAGCUGAUCAGAACAGAGAAUCAAGAACUGACACAGCGUAUCAUUACAACCAAGAUGGAUCAUGCCCGUACAGAAGAUGAAAAAGAUCAGCUCAAGCAUGACAUGGCGCGUAUGAAGGCGAAUUUCGAGAAAGCAUUGGCUGAUCUCAAGACAGAAAACGAACGUUUAGCAGCCAACAAUAUCGGUUUAGCUGAUCAAUUGGCAGAUACAGAAUCACAAUUGAUUAGUUUAAAGAUAAUUAAUCGUUUUGCUGCUGCUGCUGCUGCUCAAUCAACGCAUGCUGGACGUACUGUUUUUAUAGAUGGUCAACAUGCUAGUUUGGAUGAAUACCCUUUUCGUCUUAAUUUCUAUCUAAAACCUCCACCUGCUGAAAUCACGAUUGAAGAAUUUGAAGGGUUUGCAUUGGAUCGUCUUCAAUUGUAUGAAGAAAGACGCAAAGACCAUAUCAGUCAUUUUGUCCUUCGCAUGGCUUAUUGUAAAAGUGAGGAUUUACGUGAAUGGUUUAUCAAACAAGAAACAGCCUUAUUUCAAUUUCGAUUUGAACAAGAAACAAUGGAAGAAAAGAAACACUUUUUAGAAUACUUGAACCUGAGUUGGAAGAUUUUGUCGUUGGAAGAAAAAGAAAGUAUGCGAGAAGCCUUAGAGACGUGUUCCAGACCCAAACAAGGCAUGUCUGUAUCUGACUAUGUGAGUCUGGAAACCUUUUUUGAAGUGGAUUUUGAAAAAGUGCCUCAUAUGGUAGGUAAUCGAUCUGUGUACCUGAACAAAGGAAAAGCCUAUGUUCCCAUGACCGAACAAAUCAACCUGGUCAUGCUGGAAUUCAAAAACUAUCUUCAGAAGGCACUUGAAGCCACUGCUAAAUUAUUACCAAGGCUGGAAGAAGAUGAUCGACUGAAGCCUAUCUUAUUAAAUGUCGAGAAACAAUAUGUGGGCAAACUGUAUAGUGUAGACCAUAGUCAGUUAGGAUCUCUCUCUGCUAAAGAAGUGGAUGCUGCAGUUCAUCACCAUGCUCCUCUCUGUAUGCGUAAUUUACAUGAUGCAUUACGUGCUGAUAAACAUCUCAGACACGGAGGUCGUUUACAAUAUGGUCUGUUCUUGAAAGGGAUUGGCCUAUCUGUAGAAGAAGCACUUUUGUUUUGGCGAACUGCAUUCUCGAGUAUGACGGACGAUAAGUUCAAUAAGGAACAUGCCUAUAAUAUCCGUUUCAACUAUGGUCUUGAAGGCAAACGUACCAACUACACACCUCACAGUUGCAUGAAAAUUAUCUCGGGCAAUCCUCCUUCUACGGGAGAUAAUCACGGCUGUCCUUUCCGACAUUUCUCAGCUGUCAAUCUCGAGAAUAGACUCAGACGAGAUAAAAUAAGUCAACCUCAGAUAGAUGAAAUCAUGGAACUGGUUCGUCAACGACAUUACCAAGUAGCUUGUACGCGUCAUUUUGAAGUGACACACCCAAAUACAAAGCAAGUAGAGACGAUUGAACACCCAAAUCAAUAUUAUGAAAUGAGUAAAGCAUCUGAAGAAUCUCAUGGAUUGGCUGAUAUGGAAAUGGAUGAAUAAAUAAUUACUAUAUAUAGGAUUUUAGAAAACA